AUGCGUUGCACUGUUAACUCAAACUCCCCUCGCUCUCAAGGACCUUAUUCGUUGUCUCCCCCCAACCAGAGCUUGGCCAGACGCUCUCCCGGAAGAUGGAUUCUACGCGAACAGGCCGCAAAAACAUACAGACUCGAGCUCAAAGACCUUGAUGUCAUCGAUCCAAUCGAAAGGCGGGUCAACCCCCGUGGUCCAGCACCAAUCCGAAAAUAUAACGAACAAGACGUUGCGGCGCUCUCCCGAAGGCUUUUCGCAGCCGCCAACAGGGUGGGGGACACACUAGCUGUACGUUCCGGUGCCAGCAUAGUGAGGUCCCGAGCUUUGAGCACCUACCCCGGUCUCACUCGCGCCCAAUUGAACACUAUCCCGCCUAUCUCAGUCGAACCCAAUCCCUACAGCCCCAACUCGGUGCCGAUGCGGUACUACAACAUAUGUGAUAUCGAGGCAAGCUCUUCGCGUUGA